GGCGGGGCAUAGUCGGGUCGCGAGACCGGCUGGUUCAUACUUCCUCUUCUGCUUUUCUCUGGAACGCGGCGAAGGGAGCAGCAGUGAUGGGGGUCCCGUUGGCUCUUUGGCUGGUGUCAGCCCUUGUGGCAGGUGAGGCUCUGGGCGGCUCUGCAUGGGGGGGGGAGGCUGGGAGGAGGGGGGAGGGAGAAAGGGGGUGCCCGGGGCGGGGUCCGAUGCAGGCCGGAUCUGAAGGAUGGUCUCUGCGCCAGAGAUAAGGGCACCUGCGUGUUGGGGGUCGUCGUGGCAGAAUAGACUGUCAGAGGGAGAAUGAGGGUUGGGUCGUGUUCGUGGAACUGUAGUGGCUGUGGGUUUAUUAUCAUCAUCAUCAUCAUCAUCAUCAUCAAACGCUUAUAAAAUGCUCGACAUUUCCUGCUGUAGUUCUGUUAAAGAUAAAGACAGCCCCUGCUCACUGGCUCACAGUCUCGUAGACAUUGUACAAAAGGUGGAGGUGGGAAAUGAGGAGGAAAGAGGAAAGCAAGCAUUUUUUUGGAGCAGCAUCCUUACUGGCUAGUGGGAGGCCCACAAGGCCUCCCUUUAUUUUUUUAUUGAUUACAUUUAUAUCCCACCAUUCCUCCACCAUUUUUUAUUGAUUACAUUUGUAUCCCACCAUUCCUCCAAGGAGCUCAAGGUGGUGUGCAUGAUUUCCCUCCCCACACUUUUGUCCUCAGAACAACCCUGUGAGGUAGUUUAGGCUGAGAGGCAAUGACUGGCCCAAGGUCACCUAGUGAGCUUUCAUAGCUGAGUAGGGUUUUGAACCCUGGCCUCCUAGGUCCAGCUCUCUUAACAUUCAGAAGGGGUAUUUUUCUUAUGGACCUUUGCUUUUUAUGUUUUGUGCCUACCUGUGCAAUCAAAAUCUUACUCCCUAUAGCUUAUCCAGUACACCAGACCCUCCAAGUGUCCCUGUUUUCCAGAAGCCAUCCCGGUUUCUGAUUCUUCAUAUCUUUCCCCACUCAAUUCCUCCACCCAAACUGGCAGUUUGUCUGUUGAUUCUCAUUUUUUAAAUGCCUGGAGGUCAUUAUGCUCAUCUGUUUUGUAUAUAGUUUGGUCUCUGUAUAAAAAAGGAAAGGGGACAGAAUGAAACCCUUGGCAGCUCCCUUUAUACAUGAUGAUGAUGAUAAUAAUAAUAAUAAUAAUAAUAAAAUAUUGUGUUUAUACCCUGCUCAUCUUGUCUGAGCAGCUUCCAACACAUAUAAAAACAUCAAACAGUAAUAGUAAUCUGAUCCAAUAUAAAAAGUUGCAGUAACUUUAAAAUAGACAACUCAUUUCAAACAAAGCAAGUAACAUUCAGCAAUCCAUCAAAAUCCAGUAAACAGUCAAAUUAAACAUCAGCAAAUAAUAAUUAAACAGUUUACACUUAUCAACCACAAUAAAGAAUUACCAAUCUAUAAUCAAUAAAAAAUAACAGCAAAUCGCAAUGCAUAAAAUACCACAAAACAUACCAAACCGUGUAAAAGGAUCAAACUGAGAAAGACUCUUGUUGUUACUACAGUUAGUCUUUGUAGUUCUGCUUGUGUUUAAUGUGGGGCAUUUUAGUAUGUGUAUAUUCAGAGGCAUUUGUGCUGUUAGUUCCAGUCUUGGCUAGCUUGAGGAAGUCCAGUUUCUUUGCCUAGUUUAAGACAUGGCUGACAUCUUGUGAUCUGAUACUCAAUUGUUUGUCUUGUUGGGACAAGCCAAGGAUCUUUGGUCAGUUUAUUCCUGUACUUUCAGCAUCAGCCUGGUUAUUUCUUCCACAACUUCCAGCUGCUGUUGGUUUUGUCGGAAUUCAAUGUCACUUUAGACUAGCCGCCUUGUCUGGGGAAGGAAUGUCAAGACUAAAAGGCAUGUGAGGGAAGUCUUCCUACUCCAUGGUCAGCUGAUAUGUUGCUAGCCAGUAGCGGCUUUAAGUACUUGCUGCUUGAACUAAAAUUGAUCCUAAUGAUGUAGUAGAAAGCAGGGCCAUUUACCUGUUUUCCCCUAGUAAAUACCUUAGAUGGUUUGUCUCAAGUUUAGUGGCUGGGAAAUCUGAAUUAAUUAUUUUCCAUUGACUAUUCGGGUGUAAUUAUCUUGUAGUGGGAGGUGCUGAUAUGAGUGUAUUGUAGCAAGUCCAUGUUUCUGGAUUCUGCCCAUAUAGGUUUUUGGCAAAGUAUUAAGAGCCAUCCAAAAUUUUGACACUUGUUGUCAUAAGAAAAAAUAUUAGGCUGCAGUCCUAAGUCCCCACCCCACACUGGUGCUUUACGGAGCAGUGGGGCUACUGCUGCAUUCACAGGCCUGUCAUGCACAGGAGCCAGGGCAGAAAGUAGGAGACAAGCAGACUGCUAUGCCACUUUGGAGGUGGCACAGCCAUCAGGCCUGGAUUGGGCCCAGUGCUGUCACGUAAUGGCAGUGGGUCCAGCUUUGGGUACAAGGAAUUGAUAGGAACUGAGUUCAACAUCUGAAGGACCACAGGUUUCCCAUCCCUGGGCUACCACCUUCUCCUAUCCUCAAUCCUUCGUCACAAAAAAAUACAAAUUGAGCAAAACCUUACAUAUAGGGUUGAGUGUAAUGCUUUAAAGCAGAGGGGUUUUGAGUCCUUGGCUCCCUUGAUCAACUACAUUCUUUCUGCGACACCCCUGUGGGACUCAGGAGCCCAGUUAUAUCACCCCUUGCCUGCAGAGCUGGCAGCUUCUCACCCUUUUUCCAACACUCCCUUGUGGAGUGUUCCCUCAGACUCCUCUCCCAUCUCUUUGGGAGUGCUCUGGGCGGCCGCAUCUGCUGCCCCUGGUCUCUGAGCUGCCCCACCCCAAAGAGAGGUGCCUCCUCACACUGCCCCACAGGGGCCUGGAAAGCACCCCCUGGCCAGUCCCAGAGGCACCAUUCGCCUGGGGAGCUUGUAGCCAGGGCUGCUGCAACAAACAGCUGUGCAAGCCUUUGGGAGGCAGAGACGCAAGAGGGCAUCAGAGGAAGGGAGGGAAGGAAAGUGAGAUAGAGGCCAGUGUUGCCCGCAGCACCCCUGACUAUCAUUCAAGGCACCCCAGGGUGCCAAAGCACACUGGUUAAAAAACACUGCUUUAAAGGAACAACUCACAAAAUUUAUGCUAAUUAGCUGCAUUUCUUUGGAAUAUAUAUAUAGGAGUAUAACUAUUACACAUACAUGGCAACGUGAUAAUAUGUGUCUAAAUGUCGGAAAACUCCAGGAUUUAUAUCCCCCCCCCCCCAAUUGACAGGCCAUGGCUGGAAUGAAAUAGUUGCAGCUCUCAAAUGUGUAGGUUCUAAUUUUCACUGUAAAUCAACUGUUGUGUGUGUUAAUCCUGUGUGCAAGAUUGGAACAAGGGAGUUAAAAGUACAGUGGCACCUUCUUCUUAAAUAAAUAAAUAAUUAGCUGCAUUUCUUUGGAAUAUUAAAUAAAAGUGCUUGUAAUGAUUUUCAAGUAAAAGCAAAUGAGCAGUGUUAGAAACUGAGAUAUGAAAGCUAGGAGCUAAAUGGCACCUUAAAUCUAGGUUAUGGGCACAACAACGGAAUGUCUAGGCCCAUUUCUGAAUCGUGAGUUAUCUGCGAAUGAUUAUAUUUUCUCUGAUUUAUACACGCAAUAAUUUUUUUUAAAAAACCUAGUAUUGAACUCCUUUGCCCUAUAUUUAAAUGACCUGAUGGGUAUAUAAUAUUUACAGAUACAGUGCUGUUGUUGGAAGCUAGUGUUAUGAAAUGACACAUGUUUACUGUCAAUACCACCUGUAUUUUUGUUAAAAGUUGAAUGUGGUUUAGACCUAACUCCAAGGUUGAUGUGGUCAGAAUAAAGGAAGUAACAUAUUGUAGCUGAAGCGUUAUAUCUGUUGGAGGCUUUUGUGUGGUCUCAGUUUUUCUGCUUCCUUUUGUGGAACCUCAUUCUGCCUCUGGAACAUGUAGGAUUAGGAUAAGCAACUGGAAGCUUUCAGCCAAAUCUUGCUUUCUGAGAGGUGCAACUUAACCCUGUAGUUGGCUAACAUGGAGGCUAACAUGAUGCAGACAAAUAUAGAAAGCUGCCUUACACUUGGUCCAUCCAGCCCAGUAUUGUCUACCCCAGGUGGCAGAAGCACUCUGGAUCUUUUGCAGACCCAGUACCUGAGAUCUUUUUCACUGGAGGUGUCAGGGGAUUGGUGAAGAAAACAUCUGUAUUCAAAGAUGAGCUCUACCAUUGAGCUAUCCACCCUCUCCUAAAGUGGCAUUUGUAGCCAUAGAUUUUGAGUAACGAUUGAGCUGCUAACCCAUUACCCCCUCACUUCUCAGGGUAACUCUCCAGAAAAGGAAACAGCUGAGUAGGGAUGUAGGCUAUGACAUUAGCGAUCCUGUGAUGGAAAGUGGGGACAGCAUUUCCUUUGACUCAACCCCCCCCCCAAGUAUGUGUAUCAGUUGCAUUUAGUGAUUGUACCAAGGCUUCCCUGCAGCCCCUAUUGGGUACCGCAUGUAGGGGUAUCCUUAUUCCUUACCUUUGUAAGAAAUAGCCUGGGGAACAAGACUUCUGUUUAUGAUAAUUAGAUACAUAGCCACACCUGCAUAUUUAGUAUGUUUCCGUGCACUCUGGUUUCUGUCAUGGUGAUCCGUUCUGCCAGAAGCAGUUUAGUCCUGCUGGCCACAUGACCCGGAAAGCUGUCUGUGGACAAACACUGGCUCCUUCGGCCUGAAAGUGAGAUGAGUGCCGCAACCCCAUGGUCGCCUUUGACUGGACUUAUCCAUCCAGGGGUCCUUUACCUUUACCUUUUACAUUAUUUAGUACACCAUAUUGGCUGUUUCCUACUAUCACAAUAUUUUCUUCAGGAGUGUCCAAUAGUUUAGUAGAGAAAUAAACUGAAAAACAUUAGCUGUAGUUCGAAAAGGAUUUACUGUAAUCAAAGGCUCUGUGUUGUAGGAAUUGGAAUGACAUGGUAGAAUGAAGUUCAUGUGAAGGAUCCCACUUUCAGUGCUCCUCUCAAACACAAAAAGAAUUUCCUGUGCGAUAUAAAAUAAGCACAGCUGGGCAAGGACAUGGGCUGGCAUAUUUUCCCCGUGAAUGGUCUUUCUAUUUGCAAACAGUUUUAUUUUACCUGGGGGCAAGCAUUCAACAGUAGUAGCUGACACCUGUAGUUUAAAGUGGUGUGGCCCAUUCUCCCGCCUCAUUCUGCUUGUGUGCUCAGGCAAAGGCUUUCCAGAAAAGCUGAGAUGCUGUUUAAGGAUGUGGGUUUUUUUACCAGCUCUGCCUUCCUUUUUCAGGUAUUUCUGCCAAUGAGUUCAGUGUAUUAAGAUAUCCUGAAUCCAUUGUUUUCCGUGAAGGAAGUUGGCCAAUACCCGGCGAGCGAAUUCCAGAUGUGGCAGCGCUUUCCAUGGGCUUCUCUAUUGAGGAAGUAUGCAACUCACCAUUUCUCUGUUCAGCCACAUUGUUCAUUCCUUUGAAAAUUGUUGAAACAGGCCUAGCCUGUGCAGUCCCUUCUGUUUCUCAGCACUCUUUAGGAAUCAGGGGCAAGAGCAUAAUCUAGCUUUCUGUAGGCUUUGCUUUAUAUUGGGCCUAUAUAGCAAAACCAGGCAAUGGUGGCUACUUACCCAUUAUUUCAAUAAUACACAUGUGGCUUUUCAUAUAUAAAUAUCCCAAGUAGCAUAAACCCUUCAUGCCUUAAUGACUGCCUCCUUCCCUACACCCCAUAUUGAUUGGGAAUAACUUUUCAUGUGACCCUAACUCUGCUUUUCUUGCUUUGUUGUUGCUGCUGCUGUUGUAUUUUUUAAAAGCUAAAACAUUCCUUUAAAAAAAAAUAAUCUGAAUUAUUAUAGGAUCUCUCUUGGCCGGGGCUAGCAGUUGGAGAUCUCUUCCGGCGUCCUCGAGCUACAGUUCUAGUCACAGUGACAGGGAUAGACAAACUAAUGUUGCCUAAAAACAGCAUAUCUUACCCAGUUGAGAAUGUAAGUACUGUCAUGUGUAGCUUCAAAUGCUUAUUCUGGUAGACCUAUAGACCUGACUAUAUUUGGAGGGGAGAGGGUCCUUGUUAACAAACUCCUGCUUUUCCAGUGUCUUGUUCUGUGUACAUUUCUGCUGGGGUUAGUUACCCUUCUUGCAAUUUUCCAUAUGCCGCAGCCAGACAUUGCUUUCUAAUCCUUUCUGUAUUGCCCUAGGCGGUUCCUUUUAGCUUGGAUGGUGUUGCGAAUGCAAUUCACACCUUAUUUUCUGAAGAAACCCCUGUCGUGGUACAGCUAGCUCCUAGCGAAGAGGUAUGUGCCUGUCUCUUUCUGAAAGCCCCUGAAAUUAAUUAAUAAUGCCCUACUCAUGCUUCCAAGUAUAACCUUGUGUAAAAACUUUUCAUUUUGGGAAAACAGUUGUGUUGAAGAAACGUCCUUUUCUCAGGUGAAUGUUGUUUUACCCUCAUAAUGCACGAUGGUCGUUCUUUCAGAGAGUGUACAUGGUGGGAAAGGCCAACUCUGUAUUUGAGGAUCUUUCUGUCACACUGCGGCAGCUUCGGAACAGAUUGUUCCAGGAAAAUUCCAUCCUAGCUUCCCUUCCGCUCAACUCACUGAGCAGAAACAAUGAGGUAAGGCAUGGCUAGACAUUAGACACAACUUUUUCCAUUUUAUAUUAUGCCACUCUUUCAAAUUUAAGGUACACAACCUAGUUUUCCAGGGGGAUGCAGAGGGAUGGUGGUGGUGCAUAUGUUUCAGUUAUUUGCUUAAUACAACUUUAAGCACAUAUAUGUACAGUCGUACCUUGGAAGUUGAACGGAAUCCAUUCCGGAAGUCCGUUUGACUUCCAAAAUGUUCAGAAACCAAAGCUCCUUCAGCUAAUCGGAAGCAGCACCGGGCGUUCGGCUUCCAAAAAUCGUUCGAAAACUGGAACAUUCACUUCCGGGUUUCAAUUGUUCAGGAGUCGAUUUCUCUGGGAGCCAAAGUGUUUGAGAUCCAAGGUAUCACUGUACUCUGUCCAGCUGCAUGAUGACCUUUCCACUGACAUCAGUCUGCAUCUCCUCCCACAGUUCUGAAGCCCCCAAGCCCUUUGGAUUAGAUUUGGGAUGGGGUACAAAGUACUAAUGCACAAGUCUGCAGUCCUAUCUGUGUGCUCCACACUGAUUUUUGAGCCUUGUCUGAGCAUGGCUGAGGUUAAUUUGUCACGCUUGUACAUUUAGUGCCUAAAUAAAUAUAAUAAACAGUAAUAAUCAGUAAGCAGAAAUAUGCAAGUGACCCUGACUUCUGCCAUCCCUGCUAAUAGUGUAACUUCUGAAUUAGAUGCAACAUAUUCAGAUCCUGUUCCAAGAAACUUAAGAUUAUUGUUUCCCUAGGUUGACCUGCUCUUCCUGUCAGAAUUGCAAGUUUUGCAUGAUAUCACAAGCUUGGUAAGCAACUAAACAAAUACUUAUUUCUGCUAUGGGGUUGGCAGCUGUUGAUCUGUUAUCAGAAGUUAGGCAAAUAAUCUUCCGUUUUGCCCCAGCCACAGUGGGAGCUGCCACCAUAUAACUUUCCCAGUUGUGGGCUCUUCAGCUGGCUGAGGAAUUCUUAAACUGAGAAGAAAUGUAUGCAGUUGCAGAGGAAGCAGUCCUUCCCAACAAAUUAGCAGAAUAGAAGAGAGAUCUCGGUCAGGGUUCCUUGUCUGUGGGGAUACACUAUUGCUAGCACAUAGAUCUGGUCCUUAAAAGAUUGCACUAGCUGCCCAUUUCCUACUGGUAAAGUUCAAGCGUUCUUGUAUUAACUUACAAGGCGUAUGACAACUUGGGGCCAGGGUACUUUCUGUUUUUGCCCAUUCACAGAGGUCUUUAGAGGAGUCACUGUUAGUAUUCCCCGCAUGGUUUGAACACAGGUCUUGCAUCCACUCGGAGCAAUGCAUUAGUAAUGUUGGCCCACUGCUGUGGAACUCCUUCCUUAGCUGAGGCAGGCCCCUUCCCUGUUCAGCUGGGAAGGGUGUUGCAAGCUGCUGCACCCCUUGUUUUUAGAAGCCUUGCGAGUUGAUGCAGGAGACGGGCUGUGAGCAACAUCAAGGGGAGAGUGUUACUAGGACCAAAUUGCAACUGUUAAGCUCCCUUGUUAUUUUUGCUGCUGCCAUGAGGUGUACUUUUGCUACUGUAAUUAGUUAUAUUUAUGGUCCUGAAAUGUUGUUUUCUGUAUAUUAUAUAUGAUAUUGUGUUUUUUAUUUUCUUAUUAUGAAAUUGUUUAAGCAGUGUUUGAUUUUGAAAUGCAUUCCUGUUUUCUGUUGUACGCUUUGAGCAUCAUUUAUGUGUGUGCAAAAGCGACAUGCCAGUCAGAUAAUGCAGUGCCUCGUGAAGAUCUUUAUAUUUCAGCAGGCAUUUUAAGCAUGUUUUCUGAUUUUAUGGUUAGCGUUAACUAACUUUUUAUGUAUUGCAACUUUUUAGCUUUACAGUACAUGCUUGGAAAGUAUGGUAUUAAGUGAUAUAUAAAUUGUGAAGAUAAAUAAAGUAGGGCGGCAUAAACAUGCAACCAUUUAAAAUGGAAAAUACCCACUUUUCACUGGCAUUCUUUUUUUAUGUCCCCACCCUUCACUUCUUCAAAAGCUAUCCAGGCACAAACAUCUGGCCAAAGAUCAUUCACCAGAUCUAUAUUCUCUAGAGCUCUCUGGGUUGGAAGAAAUUGGCAAACGUUAUGGGGAAGAUUCACAACAAUUCAAGGAUGCCUCUCAGAUUCUUGCAGACUCCUUACAAAAGGUAACAUGAGAAGAGACCCUAUUUUAUAUACCGUAUUUAAUGCCAAAUAUGCUAGCAUAAGCCUAAAGAACACCUGCUUUUAUCUGCAAACUAGCACAGUGCUUCUGCUUUGAAUAAAAUGUUAUGCAGUACAUCACUGCUGACCCUUAUUUGAUUUUUUUUAAAUGAAAGUUUCCUGGAUGAAUGGACAGUUGAUGGCCAGAUCAAAAUCUGUAGCCCUGGUCAGUCUUAAGCAUUUGGAAGUGACUAUAAGAGAAAUAAGUGGUACUGGAAAAUUAGGUUAACUGUUGACAGAGCAAUCUGUUGAAGGGAUUCCUUGCAAAUUAGCAAAGGUAGGCAUCAAGUGUUACAUCAGGUUAUUAUAAGCUUUUCAUUCCUCUUCUGAGUAGCUGGCCCACACCAUAACAUAGAAAUACCAAGAGCCAUUCCAGAAAUUUGGCAAGAAAUAAUGCUAAAACAUUCACUAGAGAGUACCUUGAAACGAGCAAUUUUGAAAAUGGAACUAGAACUGUUAUCCAGAGAAACGCUUUAGGAAUGCUCCUAUUGGAAGCAUAUUCAGCCUACCAGAAAAAUACCACUGAAAUGUUCCAAAAUCAGAUAUUCAAGUGAUGCCAGAAGCUUUUAUGUACCCACAUGCAAAAGUUACUAUCCAGUCCUCCAGUUGAAUUGAAAAGAAAUCCAUUGGCCAUGGGUACAGCAUCUUUUUAAGUCUUGAUAGGCAGUGCCUGAAUAUUUCCAGUAAUAAUUAUUGGAUACUUGCCAGUAAAUAGUUUCAGGAUAGCAGUUUUGGCCUUGUAGUUUAAUAUAAUUAAUGAUAAAUUUCUGGUAGUAGACCAUUCUACUUUAAGUCACUAAGUUAAAUCUAGAAGCAACCUAAGAGGUGUCUACACUUCUUACUAUUCGGUGGCUAUUAAAAUGGUACCCCUCCUGUCUCAUGAACUGUGCAUCUAACUCUGAUGGUGACUUGUGUCUUAAAACAUGUUUUCAGUUUGCAGACGAGAUGUACAACCUCUAUGGUGGGAAUGCAGUGGUUGAGGUAGUGACCGUGAAUACAUUUGACACGCCCUUUGUGAGGAAGUCACGAUCCAUUCUGCAGUCUACACAGGUUGUACAAACGCUUAAUAGAUUCCUAAGAGAAUGCAGUAGCUCAGUCCUGAAUAGUUUCUUGGUAAUCUCAUAAAUUUCACUGGAGUGCCUAAGCAAAUCACUUAGAAUGCAGCCUAUCAGUUAUAAGCUGCCUGCACUAUGCCUUUUUCUCUGUUAUCUCUACUGUACAGUACAUAAUUCUGAGAACAAAACUGUAGUCAUUUUAAAGACAUUUGAGAAUGUCUCGGCCUUAAGCUAAUAUAAAGACUGAGCAACUUUCCCAAGAGACUACCGUAUCACUUUUAUAGCAUAAUGCUGCACAACUGUGGACAUGGUAGGUUUUAUACUAUUGUAAAUGGACAUGACUUGCUUGCUUUUCUGAAGUGGCCUUCAGAAUGUGAAAAACAUGAGCUGGCUGUCUACACCUAUACCUGUGUUUGUCAAACUCAUUCCUAGCUAGCAGGCUCAGUAGUCAGGGAUGAUGGGAGUUGCUGUCCAACAACAGCUGGAGACCCAAGUAUGAGAAACAGUGAUCUAAACUUUGAGAGAGAGAAAUUAGGUGAAAUACUUUAGGGCCAGUUUUGACUCUGAAAUGUUGCCAUUGUAUUUCCAAAUUACUCACAUGCCUUCUAUUUUAAAGACAGCCACAAGCCUGAGAAUACUAGUGAAUCAUGUACUGUAUAAACUUCCAGAGCUGUUAUGUUGUCCAUUGUUAAGUGGAAGAGGCAAGUGUCCCUGGUCCACUGGCAAGGACUCUCAGAAGCCUCCUACAGACUUCUUCAAACUGCAGUUAAAAAGCAGUUUAUCUGGCUUGUUUCUUCCUUUUGUGAUACCUCAGUACAAAUGUGAAGUCCCUGUCUCCUAGUAGUGAGAAAAAUGGAAGCUGGUAAUAUUUAUGGGCAGCUGGUGGUGAAAACACAGGUGCUCGAUUGGUUAUUUGCAAGUGACUCCAUACAAUAGAAACUGCUUUGUCUUUCAACGAUUUAUCCAAAAUAUUCCCCGUGUUUCUUUCAGGCAGGUGUAAUCAGUAUGGUGUUGGAUUACCACUCCUCUUUUAUUUUUUAACAAAACUUUUUGUCUCUUUUCAUAGCCCAAAGAUGAAAAUCCAUAUAAUUUAGGAUAUGAAUACAACUUUAACUAUGCUGUGGUCUUCAACAUAGUCUUCUGGAUGAUGAUAGCCCUUACCAUAGCUGUGAUAGUCAUCUCCUACAACCUCUGGAAUAUGGAUCCAGGCUACGACAGCAUCAUUUAUAGAAUGACAAACCAGAAGAUUAGGAUGGAUUAAGGUUUAGAGUCAGGUUUUAAAGGCGUAAGGCUUUUCCAGGGCUUUGGCCCGGUUCAGUAUGGACUCUCUUGGUUUUCUUCAGCGGUGCAAUGUGGAGUAUCCCCUUGUGUUUUCCUUUAGGAUAUAUUUAAAAGGCUAGCAGUGGGCAUAGUCAGCUUGCAGAGCUGAAGCUGUACACUGCUGUUAAAUCAUGAGUAAUUGCCUAUUGACACUAUGUGAAAAUGAUUCCAUUUUGUGGCUGUGCAAUAUGCAUUGAGUUCUAAAUAUGCUCCUCUGUACUGUUGUGACUAAAUGUGUGAAAUGACUGCACUGAACAUAUGCUAGUAAGUUGCUUUGUUUAAAUUCUUUGCACUGGUGAUUUAGGAUGUUACCUUGAGACUCUGCUGUAGAUUAUGAAUUAAAUAUGUUGUGAAUGUAAAUACUUUAAAUUGCCGUCUUUAGAGAUCUACAGUGGAACUUCUAUUCUGCAGCUCCUGCUUUGUGUGUACACACUUAUAAGGCACCCUACAAAUUUUGUUCAGAUUGAACAUUUGUUUAAAAAUGUACAGGAGUUUGAACAAGGAAGAAAAUACAUGUGACUAUAACAGAAAACAUUAGAAUUUGCAGGAUCUUGUAAUUAAAUGUCAUGGAUUGUGUCAGAGGUUGAAAACAAGGGUUGGUUUAGUGCAACUGCAAUGACUGCAAAUAUGUAAAUACAGCCUAUUCUUAUUCAUAUUGGGAACAAAAACAAUACAGCAGCUCAACACAUAAUGGUAGAAAUGUAAGCAAUAUACAAACAAUAAAGCAAUGCUGCCAUUCACUAACUACUAGAUGAAUAUAAAAACUGCACACUGCCACCCUUCUUCCUAACCCCCCAUCCAAAAAAAAGCGUUCACAUUGGCCUGGUGCUUUUUAUCCCUCUUAACCUCCUGAGUUAACCACCAGUGCAAGACAGAGUGGAGAGGUGUGAUUUUGUGGUGGGGGCCAACCUACUGGCUGUAAAUCAGUGGGGAGGGGGUCCAGGAUCUUCUGGGUUGGUUCUCCUUUCAAGGAGAGCAGCUUUAAAUUGAUUUAUUACAGUCACAGACCAGAAAUACAGACAUAUACAGCAAUAGAGAACAUGUAAAUAUAAAUAAAUUUAAACUCUAUAAGCUGGAACACGAUAAAUAAUACAGAUAUAAAACAAUUGAAAUAUGUAGGCUAAAACCUUAACUGCCAUUUUAAAAUACGUGUGUUAAAGACAUUGGCCAUUAAAUUCAUUCAGAGCUUGUCUCUUUAAUUUUAUAGCAGCAGCAGCAGCAGCAGCAGCAGCAGCACAGAAUUUAGCCACUUUCCUCUAUUAGAUAUUUGAAGUAGUGCUCAUCAGAUCUGCUUGGGAUUCGCUGCAUGAUUGGAGUGAUAAAUAUAGAACAUAUGUCCCUAUAAUAAUGACAGUAUUGUAGGACAUGAGUAACAGCUUCAACUUCCUUCAAACCACAUCGGCAUAUUCUCUCUGAAUGUUUUACCUUCAAAUCAGCCUGCAGUAAUGCAGAUGGUAGGACAUUGAGCCUGGCAAGGGUAAACGGUCAUCUAAAUUUGGGUUUUUCUAGCUUGGAUAAAUACCUCGCUGGAGUAAACCCCCUCCCAUUACCUUUAAUUUCUGGAUACGUGGCCAUUUCAUGCACAUGGCAUUGCAAAUCAGCAUCCAAGAUUCAUUGCUUAAUUGUGGAUUUGGUUUUCUCAUAUCCACAGGGCAUAGCUGUCAACAUUUCCCUUUUUUUAAGGGAAAUUCCCAUAUUCCGAAUAGGAUUCCUCGCAAGAAAAGGGAAAAGUUGACAGCUAUGCCACAGGGUAUCAGAGCCUGAGGUGUGAACCCUUGGCUUCUCAGUUUCUCUUGCAGUGAAGAUUUCCAUUUUGUUUGGCAUGUAACUAUUAAAGUUAAGAGUGCCAGACCUACCAGGAAGAAAAUCAGUUUUAACCAAUAAUGGAUCUUCAAAAUUAAUAUCUGGGACCUAACUGGAAUUUGCCCAACCUCCAGGUGAACUGCUACGUUGGGCACACAGGAUGAAAUCCCCAGCAAAGAGCAAUAAAAUUUAGUUUGUAAAAUUUCAAAAGGAGCAGUGUUUUUAUAAUUGCACACCUGGGAGCCAUAUAUCAGUUGUGAAACAAAUACCUGGGUGGCAGCAGGAAGGGGAGAGCAAAGCAAAAUCUGAGCAAAAAGGUGGUCAAGGUUGUCCUAGCUGCUACACAGCUCUUAUGCUGCUGCUAGCAAUGCUUUUUUUUUUUUUUAAGGGCAUCAACAGAGUACACCAUUCAUUAGCACAAAUAAGAAAAACAUAUAAUUAAUAUAAAUAAGAAGAAUGUAACAUAUUUUUUAAAGCGACAAAAAAUUGUCAUGCACAAAAACACCAGAUACACGAGAUCUAGGUGGUCUCUCUCUCGAGCAUGUUUUGCCACCUCGGUGUGGUGGAGAGUUCUGCACUAUAGGACAGUUGUGUUUGAAGUAGCAUGGCUUGCUGUUGAAGAUUUCUUCCAACUGAGGACUUUUCACAAUCUCAAAUGCUACACUAGUGUCAAGUAGUGUUUAUUAUGGGUGUAUGGCUGUUGGUAUUAGUAGAUUUCUUCUCCAUGCUUCUCCAACUUGCUGAGCAAGCUUUUGCUCAAGCUGUGUUCUCUUCUUCCAUCUGCUCCCAAGCCUGCAGCGCCUUGCGAAGGUGACCUUUACACUUCUGACUCUUUUUUCCCAACUGCUGUUUCCCCCCUCCUCCAGUUUUGUUUCCUUUGUUGUUCAGCCUCUUCUUCCUUCCUUCGCUUCACCUUUUCCAGCUGUAGAGCUCUACAAAUGACCUUCUUUUUUUGGUGAUUAGCUUCAAGUUCUUUCAACUUCUUCUUAACUUUGUCCUCUACCAGUUUUUUCUCAAGCACCUUGUCAGCGGGGCACUGAGAAGAUACAGCCCUUUUCCUUUUGCGAUGAGAAGUCAUCUUCUGAGUGCUGUCGAUCUUGCUUAUAAAUGCUUUUUCAUUGCCCGGCUUUAUCCUUUUCCCCAGUGAUUCUUCUGCACUUGUAUUUUUGGCAUCAACUGGGUUCACUAUCAGAGCUGCUCUUAAAAAUAUUGAUGGCUUCUUCAAGAAUUUCAGUCACAAAAAGUCUGUGUUGGUCACAUCUUGCAACAGGUUUCUUCAUGGCAGCUUCUUCCAGUCUCUGUCAGGGCAGAGUCUUCAACAUGUACACUGAAAUGUGUUAAGUAGCCUGUGUCUUCCAACCCAAUUGAGGUUAAACAUGAUAGGUGUGUGUUCCCAGAUUACAUUAACUAGCUGCUUGAAUUCCAUUUUUAGAGGUGAAAUUAUAUGUACAAUUGCAAAAACGAUAUAUGAAGAAUACUUUACUUCCAGUUUUAGUGCAAUCUUUCCAUCUCUAGCAGUAGACAUAAAUGUUUUCUGCUUUAGAGUACUUAUUCUUUAUAUACAAAGAUUCUGUAUGAAACUUUUACUUUCUAACUUAAGUGUCCUCCAGUCUAAAAAACCUGCUAUAAUGGUUACCAGGUGCAUAAGCCACUUGAUAUAAGUUAAAAGAUUGAUCAGUCCUGUUGCAGAUCAGCAGAUCUAUUACUAGAUCAAGCAUCUGUUUUUCAAUCCUAAAACUAACAAAUCAGUCCUAAAAUGAAAUCUAAAAUUAAAACUACCUAGUAAUGUAAAAUGAAAACUGCACAGAGUUAGACAUAUCUAAAUCCAUUAGCAUCCUUGUGCCCUUUAUCAACUGUUAACUGAUUCAAGUUUUCGUUCUAUUCUGGAGCCUGUAUUUAUUAACUGGGCUCCAGUAAUUCAUAGUGUGGGACAACAUAAGGCUUUUGACUCACAAUCGGAGUAAGUUAUCCACUGGAACCAAUUGGACAAAUUCAUCACUAUCAAACUAUUCCAUUCUUUUUUUACUGGCAUUGAGUAGACCACUGGAUUUUGUAGUUUAUAGCUGUGAUAUAUGCAAGAAGCCUUUUGAAAACGCAGGUGAUUUUACCGAGACAGCUGAGAGAAGGCCAUUUUUGUACCUAGUCCUACCUGAGAUAUCAAAUAGGACAUGAUCCUAACAAAUAAUGCCAUGUUAUACAGUUGUAUCAGUGUGGCAGUUCGUUGUUAUGUAUGUUGAAGCGACCAAACCUUGGAUUUGGAUGAAUUUUUGAGAGUCUAUCAUCAGCCUUCUAAACCGCAUCCCUCUAACAGAUAAUGAAACAGGUAUUGAAGCACAUUCUCUCCCCUAAAUGGAUCAUGUGUGCAUUAGAGGACAAUGUUUUUCCUCCUAAUUUAUAUGGAAUAAAUGUUUGUGCUUGUCAAGAUUUGUGUUAUUCUAAUGGCUUAUUACUUAAGCACCUGCUUUUUCUUCAUACAGUGGUGCCUCGCAAGACGAAAUUAAUUCGUUCUGCAAGUUUUUUCGUCUUGCGAAUUUUUCGUCUUGCGAAGCACAGUUUCCCAAAGUCUUCAAAAUCACCAAAGUCUUCAAAAACCUCAAAAAAGGCUACCACACCGCGUGCUAUGAGUUGCUCCUCGAAGUCACCUUGGGUAUUAACGGUUUUAAGAAAAAGGAAACAAACUUGCAAGACGUUUUCGUUUUUCGUCUUGCGAAGCAAGCCCAUAGGGAAAUUCGUCUUACGAAGCAACUCAAAAAACGGAAAACUCUUUCGUCUUGCGAGUUUUUCGUCUUGUGAUGCAUUCGUCUUGCGAGGUACCACUGUAUUACCGUUCUUCUGCCUUUAUGUGCAGGCAGUUUCAGCGAGGGUACUCACUCCUGCUCUCCUGUUUAAGAUACUAACUCAUGCAAGUCCUAUAUUGGCCAUUCAAAUGUAAUCCUAAAUUUCUGAACAGAGCAAGACCCUACGCUAGCCCCUUUACACUUGAGAAAAGCCAGCAGUUACACCAGAGGCAUUCAGCUUACCUGAAUGCUUUUCUGAAAUAACUCACGGUGGUUUUCGUGUUCCUGCACAGCUACUGAUCCUCUGCCCAGGAAUUUGGUUAAUGCAAGUCCAAGACUCAAAAUUUAAAUUCUUUCGAGUUUACCAGGUUCAGUUGCUGUGAAAAGGGCCCCUUUACUGGAUUUUUUCCUAUCUUACAAGUAAUUUCUUUCAGGUUUAGAGUAUUUGACAAACAUUAAUUGUCAGGCUUGCUGCAACUACUCCCUAAGUUGGAGCUCCGUGUAUUAAUUCCCCCCCCCCCUACUUCACACUUAGGAAAGAGCACAUUAAGACACAGUAGUAAAUGAUCAUUGUUGCUGGACUAUAAUAACUUAUUUAAUGAAUACAAAGAAUCCUCACAUGAUUUUGCUCAUGGUGAACUUGGAAGAAUUUAAAUUUUGAGUCUUGGACUUGCAUUAAUGUAGAAUUUAACAGGGAAACAUCAUGGAGAUGGAAAAUAACUGUCAUGUGAAUGCAGCCACUAUUUAGUUUCAUGAGAAAAAGGCUGUGUUAAACAAAAGAGUGAGGAGGGGUCAUGUCCUAAUGGGGCUACGCACAUUAAGAUUGCAUUUGGUGCAAUGUAAAAUAGAGAAAUUACAAAAUUGAUAGUUCCAUUUGUCAAGAGGAAGCAGUAUGGUCAAAACAUUUGCACAGGGGUGAAACAAAUCAAACUGUCCUGGGUAGACAGCAAAAUACUAAACCUCUGAAAGCAAGCCAUAAUACAGUUCAAAGGAAACUGGAAUUUUUAAGGAAAUGACUGUUGACCCUUCAGGUUUAUUCUCCAAAUUCCAAUAUAACUUGAAAAAAGGAUUGCUCUUUAAAUGAGCAUUCCUGUGGAAUUAUGCAAGUUUCCUAUUUGGUAACGCAUGACAUCUUCACAGUAGAGUCACAUUCUUCAUAUCGUACGCUUCCUUUUUUCUAAAUGACAAUCU